AUGUUUAGUCAAGAAGAGGCCAAAGAAUAAAAUUCAGAUGAGCAGAAUCAAGAGAUAAACGAGUAAGAAAGAAAUUCUCUAUUCAACUCACUCUCUGCUUAGCUAUCUGAUUACAUCAUUUCUCAUCCCAUAGGUAGUGGCGCAGGUAGCUUAGUUGUUAAGGUUAAAUCAAUUAAGACAAAAAAAGAAUAUGCUAUAAAAGUAGUUGACAAAUAAAGUUAGUAUUACAAGUCAGCAUACAAGAGGCUUAAAAAUGAAAUAGAGAUACAUCUUGAUCUUAAGCACAAAAAUAUUGUUAAGAUGAUCAAAAGUUUUGAAGACUCAGAAAAUUUAUAUUUAGUUAUGGAGUAUUGUGAAGGAGGCGAUUUGUUUCAUUAUUUAAAGCACCACAAAAAACUUUCUGAAACAGAAGCAAAGCGGAUAACUUAUAAAUUAGCAGAAGGAUUGAAAUAUCUUCAUGACAAAUCUAUUAUCCAUAGGGAUUUAAAAUUGGGAAAUGUUCUUCUUAGUUCUGAUCACUAGGUUAAAAUUUGCGAUUUCGGAUUAGCAGUGAGAUUGAAUGGAAAUGAAUAAGAAAAGAAUACAAUUUGUGGUACUCCGAACUACAUAUCUCCAGAAAUUCUCAACAAAUAACCUUAUGGGAUGAAAAUUGAUUGCUGGUCUUUCGGGUGCAUUCUCUAUGCAUUGAUUGUUGGCCAUCCGCCAUUUUAAGGUUAGGAUAUUGUUCAAACUUUAAAGAAAGUUACAAGUUAGGAACAGUUUUUUGAGUUGCCAAAUAAUAUUUCUGAUAAUUUAAAGGACCUUUUAGUCAAUAUAAUCAAUUGGAAUUAAGAUUCGAGGUUUACUAUUGACUAGAUUCUUAUGCAUCCUUUUUAUGAAGAAAUGAGGCAAAAAAGCGUAAAGUAGAGAUAAGAGGAAGAGGAGUCUCUCUCUUUUUUUAAUAGUAUAAGGAGUGUAAAAGGAGAAGACUAAAGAAUUAAUGUGCAUUAAAAUGGGGUUAAAAAGAUUGACAUAAAGUAUUAAGAUAAUUUUUUUAAUUAGCUCGAACACAAAGAAGGAUCUAUGCCUAAGAAAUCAAACAGCCCAACUAAUAUUCAUGAAAGAAAAAAUUAAAUGAUUUAUAAAAAUGAUUAAAUAGCUGCUUUAAAAAAUAACAAAAUUUAAAAUGAAGAUUUGAACAUAAUGAGUAAUAAUUUAAACUAAAUACAAUAUAAAAAGUAAUCACAAAAUAAUUUAGUCAAAUAAAAUGAUAAGCAAAUCCUUAAUUAAAAAGAAAUCAAUUUUGCUAGGAAAAAUAGUCCAGUUGAUAGGUUCGAUGUCGAAAAUCAGUAAAAUAACAUGAAUAAAUAAAAAGAUGAUGCUUCUCAUACAGUAAAAGUAAAAGAAAUUCAUUCUCAUAAUCAAUAAUUAAAUAUAAGAAAACAAAGUCCUACAAAUCAAAUUUUAAAUUAUGAUAAAGAUAAAAUAGCUAUUCCAGAAAGAAAGAGCUUAACACAAUAAAGUCAAGCAAUAAAUUAAAAUGAUGUUUUCAAAAGCCCUAAAUUAACAUCUAAUUAAUAAGAAAUUAAAUAAACAUUCAUUAACAAUAUUGAAAAAAUAAAAAGUAAUCAACCACCUGUUCCUCAAAACUAACAGCAAUAGAAUAAUAGUGCAAUAACUACUUAUGGUGGUUAAGAAAAAAGGGGAGUUAAAUCUAUAGUAUAUAAUAAUAGCAACAAUCAAAAUAAUAUAAAUACAAACCAAAAUAGUAAUUAAUAUAAUAUUUAAAAUAGUAUCACUAAUAACCAAAUUAAUCCAACUAAUAAUUAUAAAACUGUAAAUAGUAGCAACAUAAAUAAUAAUUAUUAUAGCAAUACAAGCCAAAGUCAAUAGUUCAUUAAUGGAAUUAAUCAUUAACAUGAUAUUCAUAGCAGAACAGCAGCUAACUCAAAUCAUGAUAAAUAUAUAAAAAACACAAAUAACAUAAGAAAUAACUCUCCUGUAAAUAACAAUUCUUACAUUGAAAGAAACUAAUCUCCAAAUACACAAAAUAACCAUAUGUCAAGCUCCUCUGUUUUGAACAAUGGCUAAUAAUAAUCAUAACACAAGAAUAAUAGUUAUUCUAUUUCAUAGAGCAAGGUGAUUCCACUUCCUAAAAAGGUCCAAACUAGCUUCUUAUAGAACUUAAAUUCCCUUACAGAUGUAGAUAGAUUUUCUCCUCCACAUAAUAAUACAAAUUCUACAAAUACAACCACAAAUAACUAUGUCAACAUUUAAAGUGAAAUUAACAAUUUUCCUCAACCUCAAACAGUAUCUCAUAACAGAACUAAAAAUCAAGUUUCUUUUGAAAAUAAACCAAUUUAAGCCUAAGUCCAAAAUUAAACAACACAAAAAGUAAUGUAAAGUAGCGAUCAAGGAUUCUACAAGAAAAAUAACAAUCCUCCUUAAUCUGUUCAAACCAACUUAUAAAGAAAUCAAUCACCUUAACUGCAUGUUGGAAAUAAAAAUACCAGUGAUAAUUUAAAUUAUUAUCUUACCAAAAAGGAUCACCCUUAAUGUGUGGAGGACUAAGCAGAUAAAUAUGAAGAGAUAAUUCAUUAAAGAAAAAACGAAAAUAAAAUAAUAAAUAGGGAAAACAACAUUAAAAGGAUCAGUUCUGAACAAAACAUAUCGAGAGUAAGCACUGAAUAUAAAAAUGGAAGCAAUGAUUUUAAUACUUAAAAUAAGUUAAACAACCAAUAUAAUAAUAAUAAAAUAAAUAUAGACUAUACUUCUAAUUAAUUAAUGAACAAUAACUAAUAAUACAAAAUAAAUUAAGAAUACAAUCAAAAUAAAUUAAGCAAUGAUUUUAGUUCCAAUAACAAUAAAAUGAAUAAUAACUAUGUUUCUAAUAAAAUAAAUACAGAAUAUAAUACAAACAAAAUGAUUAAUCAUGACAAUCCAAAUAGAAUGAGCAACGAAAUCAAUAAAUCUAACGUUGAUCAUUAUUCAAACAAAAAUAAUAGCGAUUUUAAUAAAAUAAAUGUUGAUUAUAACUCGAAUAAGAUUAAUUAUGAUCCAAAUAAAGCAAAUAUUGAUUAUAGUAGCAAUAAUAAAAUAAAUAUUGAAUUCAACAGUAAUAAUAAAAUAAAUAAUGGUUAUGUUUCUAAUAAAGUUACUAGUGAAGUUAAUAAAUAUAAUUAUGAAAGCAACCACAAUAAAUAUGGCAAUGAAUAAAAUUAAUAUAAAAUAAAAUAUGAGUUUAGCAGUCCUAAGAUGAAUACAGAGCAGAAUACUUCUAGAUUAAACACAGAUUACAAAGGUACAAGAUUAAAUACUGACUUUAAUAAUACAAGAGACAAUACCGAAUGUAAUACAUAGAGACUAAAUACAGAGCAAAAUACAGCUAGGUUAACCACUGAGUAAUAUAAUCCUCAGAGAGUAAUUUCUAAAAAUAAAGCUAUAAUGUUCAGUAUGGAUAAUCUCUAAGGUAAGCUAAAUAUGGAAAAUGCCAAUAAUAGAAUCUCUGUAGAAUAAAACAUAAAUGGCAGAUUUAACAAUGAAAUAAUGAAAACAAAUAAUGAAAACUUAAUUUUAAAAAAUGGAAACGCUUAAAAUAUUUUAAACACAAAUGCUCAUCCUAAAAUUAUUGAUAAAAAACAGAAAUCUGAAGUACCUCUUAUUUCACAAAUUGCUAAUUAACCAAUGAGAUCUUCAUAAGUCUAAUUAACUUAGUAGCAGCAAUAGUAGAAUAUACCAAUUACCUUUCUAAACGAAGAUAGAGAUUUAUACAAAAAGCAAGAAAAAUUUGAUAAAGUAAAACAUUUUAAAAAUUAAACAUCUGAUAAUGCUAACUAUAGUCUAAAUAACACAAACAAUAUUAAUGGAAGCAAUGAAUAUAACAAGGAGUUCUUCAAUGCUCAAUAUCAAUAAUAACUCUAGGAUUAACAAGAAAAAAUGAUGAAUUCUAAAGUAAAUACUUACCGCAACUCAUAAAUUUUUGAAUCCUAGGUUGGCACCUAAAGAGUACAACAAUAUUCUGUUUAAGCUGUAAAGAGUAAGUCAAGAAUUUAAAGUGGUCUAAAAACUGAUGUUAGUGAUAGCGAAACAAACAGUAUAAGUAAUUAAAAUAGUACAACUAAUAAUUUAGAAUAUUACGAGUCACCUAGAAUAAACACAUUAAAUCUUAUGCUAAGCCCAGAAAGAAGAAUACCAACUACUAAUAAUAGUACAGCUGUCAAAAAUAAUUCUCAAAUGAAAAAUCUUCUCUCUGGAAACAAGGAUAACAGUUCUUGCAAGAAUAAUAGUAAUAACACUAGUAAGUAUAGUAGAUUAUCUCCUCUGAAGGUAGGAAGAAUACCUCCAAGUAAAAUAACAACUUAAAAUGGAACGAUAGAAAUAACAGAAGGAAGAGAAUUCAUUCUUCAGUCAAUUUAAAAAAACAUAACGAUGGUGAUUUCUCCAGAUGGCAGAGAUGUCACGUUGAUAAAGUAAGAAGAGCCUUUAAAUAAAAGGUAAUACACAAUCGAUAGAUUACCUGAGAAAUAUGUUUAAUUUUAUGAUUAUUGCAAGAAAAUUUGUUAGACACUACAAAAAAAUGCAUAAGAUAAAUCUGCGAAGGUAAAACUUGAAAACGAAGAUGGACAAUUCUAUUUAUAUGAGAAUAAAUUUGAAGGUGUAUUUUCAAAUGGUUUUAUAGUAAAUUAUAAAUUAAACUCUCAGAAUCUUGAAAUACAAACAAAUAAAUAUGCUCCUAAAAUUGUUUUUGAUUUGCAAAAAGACUUAAAGCAUGCUUCAAAAGAAAUGAAGACAAUUGUGCAAAAAACUCAGAAAAUAAUAUCAAUAAUAACUUCAAUGAAAUCUUGA